AGAGGCCUCAUGCUUGUGAGCUGUGGCCCUGCUGUCAGGGUUCACCACCACUUUGAUUCUGUCGUAGAGAUGGUUCAAAAAGACCGGUUGGAUUUCGUGGUUGGGUUUGGUGGAUCAGGGACUUUACCGCCCUUAGUAGCAUCCAUCGUACGGUCAUUCGUCGUCGAUGCUGGUGUGUUCGGCUGCACAAACGUCUGGUCAUCGUUUUGUGACACGAUCUCCUCGGCUCAGAGUGUCUUGGAUCACACAACUGUUGUGCUGGUGUACGCUGAGGUCGUCAAUGGAAUACGACAAGUCGAAUGUCGUCAGAUCGCGAAGAACCUCCCCGGUCUGCGUGCCUUCGGCGGAGAUUUCAACUCUUGC